GAAGCAGGUGUAUUUCAGCUGAAAGCCAAGAUGUCUCUGCUGCCUUCGAGGUUCAUUUACCUGUGUUUACAUUUUCUGGUGCUCUAUUUCCAGCUACAGGAAUCCCAGCAGAGCACUGCUGACUUUAGGUUUUACAUCGAGAACCACACAAGAAACCCAGACGACCUGAGCCGGAAGCAGGUCCGCAUCUAUCAGCUCUACAGCAGAACCACGGGCAAACAUGUUCAGAUCUUGGGAAAGAAAAUCAACGCCAACGGGGAUGAUGGGGGCAAGUAUGCUCUUCUUGUUGUUGAGACAGAAACGUUCGGGAGUCACGUCCGAAUUAAAGGAAAAGAAAGUGAACAUUACAUUUGCAUGAACAAGAAGGGGAAAAUUGUCGGAAGGCCCAACGGAAAGAAGCAGGAGUGUGUCUUUGUCGAGGAAUUCUUGGAAAACAACUACACAGCCCUCGUGUCAGCCAAAUACAAAGGAUGGUACCUGGGCUUCAACCGGAAGGGGCUGCCCAAGAAGGGUUCCCACACCACGCAGAGGCAACAGGAAGUCCACUUCAUGAAGCGCCAGCCGAAAGGCAGGGUGGACCCACUGGAGGAGUUUCGUUUCACCACAGUAACAAAGCGGACACGAAGGGCUCGGCGGUUAAAACCCAAGCACAAGAGGAACUGAUGGCACCAAUGAGACAGAACUAGAUACCCUCACUGGGGAGGGGGAACGUCAAGCUUCUUAAAAGAACCACCUUAAAGACUUCGCCUUUGUAAAGGACACA